AAAUAAAAAAAAAACAUAUUUAAAAAAAAUACGCUAUUUAUUUACCGCCUUUUUUUAUUUAUAAUAAUUGUAUUUUUUUUUCUUCGUGUUGACGUUAUCUCUUAAAAAUAUUUAUCUGUAAUUAACAUUUUUAUACGGGCAAAAAGAAUCGAACAAUAAUAAAUGUAAAUAUUACUGAGGGUAUGAAUAAUCUCAGCAUAUAUGGUCAAAAAGAUAAAAAGAAUUGUUGGGGUUAAAUUUCAGCGUUUGUCUGUUUGUCUCGUGUAAUUUGGUUGUAUGGAUUAAGAUAUCAAAUAUAAUGACUUCAAGAGGAAGUUUAGGAAGCCACGACAGAAAGCUACGUUAUCGUGCUUUACUGGAUAAUUUGUCAACGUUGGAGGAUGAAAGCGCCAAUAAUGUACAGCGUAUGGACAAAACUGCUGAAGCAGUACAUGAAGCACAAAGCCUGCUGGCUGAGGGUGGGGUGGAGGAGCGUGUCAAACAUCCAGGGGAAGGGUACCUUGACUCCCGCGUGUUACGUGCUACCAGUGAUCUAGCAGUGCGAUGUUCUGAAGCAGUCAGCGGCAAUGUUAACACUUACGAUAAGCAUGAGCUCGCCCAGCAUAUACGCGAGAAUCCAGACAGUUGGGAGUUCUCGUUCCCACUGGAGGUGCCAGUGUUCGGUUACCUGUUCGGUACGUUCGCGGCCACGCCGGUGGAGCAGCGGCCGCGCGCGCCGCGGAAACGCGUCGAGAAACAGCAGGCGGCCGCACUUAACGCGCCCCACACUGUCGACAAACUUGAGAAAGUAGAAGAAGGCUCAGAGAUGGUGUCCCGAGUUAACCGCUUCAUACUGAAGAAUUACCGGAAUAGUGAACGGCCUCUGAGUUACUUCCACCUGGUGCUGGACCCGGACAGCUUCGCUAGAACCGUUGAGAACAUAUACCACCUCUCUUUCCUCGUCAGAGAUGGGAUGUUAGCGGUACAAUUGGAUGAGGAAUACGGUCUUCCCUUCGUAACACCGGUGGCAGCGAGCGGUUCCGGCGGGGGGGAUAUCAAUGAAGAGAACCAGUUCAUAGUCUCCAUAGAUAUGGAACGAUGGCAGGAAUUGAUCGAGGCAUUUGACAUUAAAAAACCCAUGAUGGUUUUGAAGAGAAGAUAAAACGGUGUAAGGUGGAGCGCCAAGGUUUCAUUCAUUUCAAUUAACAAUAGAUGGCGUUGUAAUUUAAAAAGACGCGUUAGACUUAUCAACAGUCGAAAAUAAUGAAAUCGUGACGAUUCACCGUGUGAUAAUUUAUGUACAGUCGAAUCCGUUUAAUAUGACACCGCAUAUAGUGACCAACCGCUUAUUAUGACGUAAUUACACAACGAGGUUUGGUUUUCAUAUAAAAUUCUUGAAAAAACGUCGGAUAUAAUGACUUUGCUUAUAGUGACAUGUCGGUUAUUAUGACCCAUUUUUAAUAAAUUAUUUCCGGUUAUAAUGACCGCCUAGACUUUUUACACUUCCGAUAAUUGUCGGUGAUUCUCGGCGUCGUUCGGCACGUGGCUAACUUGAAAGUGAUGGAGAAGAGGAAGUCGAGGAAGAACCAUUACCUACCGCAAAAGAGGCAUUAAAGGCUGCAGAAAUAUUAUCACGAUUUGUUCAUAGCAAUAUUGAAAAUGAUAAUUUGACCAUGGUGAUCUUCUUUAGACAAUACUAUUAGAGACUGUUAUUACAAUAAAUAAAAAAAACAAAAACAGGCAAUUAUUACAGAUUUCUUAAUAAAAAGAAAAAUACUAAUAUUACAUACUUAAAUGUAUCGUUUAUAUUUUUUAUGCUUUAUUAAAAUACAUACCUAAUUAGAAUUACAUAAAAACAAUUUUUAUCACCAAACUCUUUGUAUGACGUCCGCUUAUGACGUGUUUGUCAAUUCCCUUCGAUGUCAUAAUAAACGGAUUCGACUGUAUUUAGUUUAAGGACUUGUAAAUAAAGUUGAUUUU